AGCACAGACUACCCGUUGUCUCGCAGAUUAUACUAUCGACAGCUUCUCUUGUUUAUAGAGUUGUUCCCUUCUCUGUAUCUCCAAUGGUGUCCGAUGUCGGAAUGAAGGCCAAGGAGGCUUUCGUCGACGAUCACUUCGAGCUGGCGGCCAACCUCUUAACGCAGGCCAUCGCCCUUAACCCCAGCAACGCCGGCUCUACGCUGAUCGUGCUCAGGCCAAUAUCAAACUGAACAAUCUAACCGAGGCCGUUGCUGAUGCAAACAGAGCAAUUGAGUGGGAUCCUUCGAUGGCUAAAGCUUACUUACGCAAAGGAACUUGGGCCAGCUCCGUUCCCUUUCCUUUCGUCUUCUAUGCUUGUGCUCUCUUCCUCACUCGCCUGGCUAGUGGCUACCCCGGCGCACAGGGAUUGGGCUAUACAUUUUUUGAAGUCUAUUUCAUCUGGGAAGAUAAAAGUAUGCAAUUUUUUGGAGGAUCAGAUAUCAGUCCAUCGCCACCAGCACCAACAGCGUCAGGGAACAAUGCGCAUAUGAUGUAUGUGUUCAAUAGGAAUGGGGUGUGCUUGCUUUACAGGGAGUGGAUUCGCCCACUUCAUACCCUCAAUGCGCAGCAGGACCAUGAGCUUAUGUUUGGUCUUCUUUUUUCUCUCAAGUCGCUAACUGCCAGGAUGGAUCCCACGAGGCUUAAGAAAGGAAACCUUGGAAUGCCUCAGUUGCCUGGCCAAGGUUGUUCAUUCCACAGCUUUCGUACAAAUACUUACAAACUUAGUUUCAUGGAAAGUCCUUGUGGGAUAAAGAUUAUUUUGGUUACUCAUCCCUGGACCGGUGAUCUACGUGAAUCCCCAAAGUACAUUCACAACUUGUAUGUUGAAUAUGUUGUCAAAAACCCCCUCUAUACUCCUGGAACUCCUAUCAGGUGUGAGUUGUUCAAUACCUCUCUUGAUCAAUAUAUAAGGAGCAUAGCCUAGUUCGCGAGUAGAAUUCAGUUGCUGUAAUCUGGCUAUACACUCAAACGAAGCCUGAAAAUUUGACCCUGAAGGUCAGUGGACUUGCAUACUUCGCGGAUACAAUUUUGAAAUGUUAUGGAAUUGCAAUAGUCAAUCCUUUUCCUCUGUGCAACGAUGGAUCUACUUAACAAUAUGCUGUGCCAGCCUAUCCUUUUCUUUUGAGGACUCGAAGACGUAUGGUUCUAUUGUAUAUUCCAUCAUUAGGAUUUAAGAAAUCCCAUUUCUGUAAGAAAACAAGAUUGUGUAUCUAAAAAUGAUGGAGUUCGCAUUAUAGUCAUUCUUCUUAUAACUCC